GAGCAUCAUUUUGGUGGGAUGUACCCUUUACUGAUACUCUAAUGGGAACAAUAACCUAUCUAGAAAGUUUCAUAGGUUUUAGAUUUGACACGCACUCAGUCUGCGAUCAACCAUUGCAGUAACAUUUUCUCUGGAGAAUUUCAUAAAGUGUACAUUUAUGCAUCAAGAUGACAGUCCAGCCAAUCACUGAAAUUCAGGUUGAAAUAUCUACCACUUUAGACUAUUAUGACAAUUUCACCGAUGAACCCUCUGACAUCUGUUUCAAGAAAAAUGCCGUCCAGUUUGCGACAGCCAUCACUCCAGUCAUUUUCAUCAUCAUCGUUCUGUUCAGCUGUGUGGGAAACACUCUGGUUGUGUGGGUCCUUGUGAAGUAUGAAAAUCUGAAAUCCCUCACCAACACAUUUCUGUUAAAUCUGGCUCUCUCUGAUCUGAUUUUCACCUUUGGUCUGCCCUUCUGGGCCUACUACUACAUGUAUGGCUGGACUCUUGGAGAUCCUGCUUGCAAAGCUGUCAACUUUGUGUUCUACACGGGAUAUUACAGCAGCAUCAUCUUCCUGACGGUUUUGACCAUCCACCGCUACAUGGCCGUGGUUCAUCCCAUGUCGGUGGUCAUGUCUAGGAAGAGCCUGCACUGCUAUGCAACAUCAAUUGUCAUCUGGAUCAUCAGUCUUUGUGCUGCUAUCCCACAAGCCAGGUUCAACUCAGUUGUGUACAACGACGCUGAUUUAUUCAUGGAUGCUCUAAACAACAGCACCACCGCAGUUCUGCUCUGUGAUUUUGAUGGUGAAAUUAAUUGGAAAUUGUCAAGUACAUACUUGCAAAAUUCCUUUUUCAUCAUUGCUUUUGUGAUCAUUGCUUUUUGCUACACUGUGAUCUUGGGACGGCUGCUUCGACCAACAUCUCACACUCGUAGAAAGACGGUGCAGCUCAUCCUCUUCAUUGUGGUGUUUUUCUUCUUGGGAUGGGGGCCGUACAACGUGGCAAUAUUUCUGGACUCUCUGAUUUCGUGGAAAAUCUCUUUUUUUAGUGAUUGUAAGAUCAGUGAAUCUAUAGACUAUUUGAUGUACGCCUCUCGGAUGGUGGCUUUCUCACACUGCUGCCUGAACCCUGUGUUUUAUGUUUUUAUGGGGAUAAAAUUCAGAAACCACUUGAAGAAAAUGUUACAGACUUUCUGUAGGAACAACGCAGAGCCUCAGAAUAGACACAGCAGGCUUAUUUACUCCAAUGGUGAAGAAAUAUCUAUGUAUUAGCUCUCUGAAAAAAAAAAAUCCUGGGUUUGAACGUUGCAUGUACUGAUUUUCAUCAACAAAAUGAAUGCAAUGUAUAGUCUGUACGAUAAACUGAUUAUUGAAAAUGCAUGUAAAAAGCUCUAAAAAUCUGUGAUGCAGUCUUACAAGAAGGUGUUAUGCAUUUACUCUGUUAAAUUGAUUUGCAUUAUAUAUUUGCUUUCUUUUAUACAUUAGUAACUGAUGUAAAAAAAAUUAUGAAGCAAUAAAUUGGUGCGUAUAUACAGUAGUGAACAUGUUAGGUAUUUAGUGCAUUUAUUAACUGUAAACAACAUAAUGACUUGUUAUGCAUGUAUUUCACAUUAUUUGUAUUUUUUUCAGUUAGAUUAAUUGAUUUUAGAUUAACAGCUUUAAUAAAAAAAAAUA